AUGUCCAUUGCUUGGAAACAAUUCCAGUUUUAUCACUCUCUCCCCAUUAAAGAUCCUCUCCUAGGUAACGACCAGCCUUUAUAUUCAGAUCCAAAUCUAUCUGCUAUUUCUAUUGCACCAGAUUAUAAUAAUGGCACAGAUAAUAAUUCUUACCUUAUCAUGGCCACAUCAAAUCAUGCUACCGUACAAAUAAUAGAUUUAAAAAAUUUACUUAGGUUGUCUAUCUUCAAUUUAAUGGAUCAAAAUGAACAAAAUUAUAUCAUCUCCCAUAUCCGUAUCAUAGAUAACAACAACAACAGAAACCCUCUUUCCUCUAACACAACCACUAAAAAUAAAAAUAAUACAACUAAUAAUAUCCACUGGGUUAUGUUUGUUUUGACUUCCAAAUCCAUAUCAUCCAACCGACCUACAUUAAUUCGAUUCUAUAAAUUAAAUAAACUGAUCCAUCACACAAAAUCAACCCCACCUUCUUUCCACUCGGAGAUCAUAGUGCCCUCACAAAGAGAUAACAGUCCCAUCUCGUCGUUCGAUAUAAUACCCGAUCUGUCUAUAAUUGCUCUAGGUUAUUUAAACGGUGACAUAAUACUCAUACGAGGCGAUAUCGCACACGACAAGGGCUCCAGGCAAAGAAAAAUCUUCUCUGGAGAAUCUAUCCUGUCGAUAAAUUUGAUCAAGGACCCAUCAACGAACGAAUGGCUUCUCUUAACAUCCACUUUGACACAAGUCUUGUUAUUCUCCACGAGGGGCGACAAUAAUGGUCAACCAAACAUUGUAUUGGCCGACAAUUUAUCUCUGAAUUUAAACACAGUGGCUUGGGAUCCAAGAGACUCGAAAUUUUGGAUAAUCGACAAGGAUAAUUCUAAUCUAGUAUCUUAUAGACUGAAUCAUGAAAGAGAAAUUAUCAAACUGCCGCCAUUUCUCCAAAACAACACUGAAAAUGACACAUUCAUUAAAAUAAAUAUGAUCUCCUCACUUGACAUAGACUACAUCUUGUUAAUAGUAGAAGAAUAUCCUUGCAUUAAUAGUGACAGCUACAAAACGAUACAUAGAUUUAUCAUUUUGGAUAUCAAAAACCAUAUCGUAUCCUUUAACAGUCUAAUCCAAGAACCGAUAUUAGACUAUCUCGGUAGUUCAAUGGUGCACAACACUAAUAAUCACAGUGACACUGAUUAUGCUUUUUACUUGCUUUCCGCUAGUGGUAUACUAUACCAGAUUGCAAAGAAAUCUUUUACUCAAAUUAUUGAUGUAAUAUUAUCAAAAAAUGAUUUCCCACUCGCUAUCGAAUUUAUGCUAAAUCAUAUUCAUAACAAUACCGAUGCUAAUGAGAAUUAUAUGGAAAGUCGUAAUAACUUAUACCAUAUCCAUGAAAAAUACGCCAAGUACUUAUUUGAACAAGGUCAGUACCUCGAAUCAAUAAAGGAAUAUACUCUAUGUUUGCCAGUUAUUAAUAUCAAUGAAACUUUAACAAAGUUCUCUUCUUUGGAAAGUUCACCUGCUACUACUACCACUAAUAGUACUAAUAAUAACAAUAAUAUUAAUAAUAGUAACAACGAUAAAAAUGACAUAAAUUAUCUUCUGUCAAUAUUUUUAUGGUCAUUAUUGGAAAAUAAUAAAACAACUGCCGAUCAGAUUACAUUACUUUUAAUCAUUUUGAUUAAAUUAAACAAUAUCGAACAACUAAAUAACUUUAUUCAACAUUUUAGUCGAUCUGGUGAAUAUUCAAAAGAGAUUAUACAAAAUGAUAUUUCAAAUGAAGAAUUUUUCUAUUCUAGUAACGAUCUCUUUGAUUUGGACUUAGUUAUUGAAUUGCUACGUGAAUGUAAUUUAUUGGUUGAAGCAUAUGAAAUGGCUCAGAAAUUUUCUAAAGACCCUAUCAUGACUGUGUCUAUCUUGCUAGAAGACUUAAAGGAACCUCAAUCUGCAUUAAAUUUUAUCAAAACUUUACCUAUCGACGAUACACUUAGAAUCAUGUGUCAAUUUUCAAGACAAUUAUUAUCCUUUUUACCUAAUGAUACAAAUUUAUUAUUAAUUGAAAUAUUCACAGGGAAUUAUAAACCAAAAGUUAGCAAGAAUGAAACAGUCACCUUAACAAGAAAAGAAUCAGAUGUGAAGAAAAUAUUUUAUAAUUAUAAAACAUUUUUAUCUUAUAUGAAUAACAACAACAACAACAACAACAAUAAUAAUAAUAAUAAUGGUAUUUCACUAGAAAGUAAAUCAACUAAUCAAUUUAUCAAAGCAGUUGACGAUAAACUUUCCAAUAGAAACAACACGGAGACUACAUAUCAUCCUCCAAAACCAAGUUUAAUAUUUAGUUCAUUCAUUGACAAACCAUUCCAAUUUGUAGUAUUUCUGGAAGCAUGCUUAGAAACGUAUCAACAAUUCGAAGGUUUCAAACAAGAUUUACAGGAAAUUUUGAUAACAUUAUAUGAUCUCUACUAUUAUUUAAGUAAAAAUGAUGAAGAAUCUAGACAUGCUGAUUGGAAAUUAAAAGCAGAAAAUAUUUUAAAACAAAGUGAUUCUUUGAAGAAACAAAAUGAUCUUGAUUCAAAUGAUGAAGUGGAUAAUUCUUUAAUGUUGUUAAUUUCUCACAUGAAUGACGUCCAUAUCAAUAGUGGUGAGAAUGAAAAAAUUCAUAUUUUGGAGAUUUUUAACACAAUGAUACUAACUGAGAAGCCUUUAAAAUGUUGGGACUACUUCGUGUCUCAUAUUGAAAAAGAAUCACAACUAUUCCCUAUUGCACUUAAAUAUUUCACUUCUAAUGAAGAGAUUCUUCAUACAAUUGGUGGCGAAGAAGUACUUAAAGAAAAGUUGCUCAACCCAAUUUUAGAAGGUAACAUACUAUCUUUAACAGAAAUUAUUGAAAUUUUGUCAGACACUGAUGUGAUUAAAUUUAACCUUAUACAAGAUUUAUUGAUAAAUUUUUUUGAAAAACAAGAGGUAGUAAUUGAGAAUAAUACGAAAUUAGUCGAAUCUUAUCAAAAUGAAUUAAAUGAAAAAAAAUCAAGAUUGGACAAGUUACUAAAUAUAGAUAGACCCAUAGAAAUAAGUAUUAAGGAUCAAAAAUGUUAUAUGUGUGAAUUACCUUUAGAACUACCCCUUUUAUAUUUCAAAUGUGGUCAUAUUUUCCACAAGAGGUGUCUGAAUGAGGAAGAUGACUCUGCAUCUGAUGGUAUGUCAUAUAAAUGCCCUAAAUGUAUCUUAGAAUUAGCAUCAUCUAAUAAGAUAUUAGAAGAACAAACAAAUACCACACAAGAUAUAGAAUUAUUAGAAACCAUAUUGAACACUUCAGAGGGGCAGAAGGAUCGUUUCAAGAUUAUCUCAGAAUUUAUUGGAAGAGGUGGCUUGGAAUAUUCUCGAAUUGAAUUGUAA